GCCACUGUUUUGAGGGCGGCCUGGGCGAUAGUACUUGCGCGGCAUUGUGAAAUGGACGACGUAUGCUUCGGAGUUUCGAUCUCGGGCCGCCACGCGCCUGUCCCUGGCCUGGAGAAGAUGGCCAGCCCGCUGGUGACCACAUUUCCAGUCCGAUUACGCCUUGGUCCCAAGCAGAAAGUGACCAACUUGCUACGUCACGUACAAGCGCAUGCGUCUGCCAUGACUCCACAUGAACAGUUCGGGCUGCAAAACAUGACUAAGCUC